UGCCUUAGUUCACUUAACAUAAUGUCUUUAAGGUUCAUCCAUGUUGUAGCAUGUGUCAGAAUUUUUUUUGAGGAAGUAAAUUAUUUGAAAGACUUCCACAGCAGGUAAAGUGGAGGUCAGGUCACAGAAUACUGUUUGCUAGGAUUUGUUUACCUCCCUUGGAAGAACUCCGUAUGUGCCCAGCAGAGCCUAGAGAACCAGGUACCUUGUCGUUAGAUACAGUUUGGGCACACUUGCUUAUUCGAACAAAAGAAACAGAGCAGAUUGUGACAGCAGGGUGGAAGACAAGGAAAAUAUAAAAGCAAAGGUUGCUGGAGUCCGGGGUCACAUUGAGUAAGGAGUAAGGCCUUUUGGGUCUCAGGAUGCCAUCUUACCGUGUGAUCACUGACAUUCGUGGUGUUGGCCUGUGUCAAAGCAUGUCGUCCAGAACAGUUAACCAAAAAAAUGUGUGUGUUUAGAAUUGUAAAUAAGCCUUCACCUAUCUGAAAGGCAUAUUCAGUGACUCAAUCCCCAGCUGUUCUGGUUAGUUGAGGUUUUGCCAUAUUUCACUCUUGUUUCUGUAUUGAUAGAAAACUAGCACGUGUUUAAAAAGGCUUAAUGACUUACAUAAUAAUGAUACCACCUAAUUAAUGCUUUGUAUUUUAGAUUUGCUGUAUCACUUUAAUUCUGUAUUUGUGAAAUAGAGAUGUCCAAUCCUGGUUGGAGAGAAAGCAGGUUUGACGGUUAAGGGUAAUAGAGAGUUGAGCAGCACUUUCAUCUGGACCCGUAGAUACCCAUUGAACAGAUGCUUGAAACCUGCAAGUAAUCUUCAGAUCCUAGCAGAACCAUAGGCCUUUCCUUUGUGUUGGGAGGAUAUAGCCUAUAUGCUGUGGAAAUGAACGGGGAGCAGCAGCUUGAUGCAGAUGCUGGCUCUGGUAUGGAAGAGGUAGAAUUAAGCUGGGAAGAUUAUCUAGAAGAAACAGGGUCCACAGCAGUUCCCUAUGGGUCUUUUAAACAUGUGGACACACGUUUGCAAAAUGGGUUUGCUCCUGGGAUGAAGCUGGAGGUGGCUGUGAGAACAGAUCCUGAGACCUACUGGGUUGCCACCAUUAUCACCACCUGUGAGCAGUUGCUCCUUCUCCGCUAUGAUGGCUAUGGGGAGGAUCGGAGAGCAGAUUUCUGGUGUGACAUCAGGAAGGCUGAUCUCUACCCCAUUGGGUGGUGUGAGCAGAAUAAGAAGACCCUUGAAGCCCCAGAAGGCAUCAGAGAUAAAGUAUCUGACUGGGAUGAGUUUCUGCGGCAGACCCUGAUAGGAGCAUGUAGUCCUCCUGUUCCGCUGCUAGAGGGCCUCCGUAAUGGGAGGAAUCCUUUAGAUCUCAUUGCUCCAGGAUCCAGACUAGAAUGUCAAGCUUUCCAGGACUCUUUAAGCACUUGGAUUGUUACUGUAGUAGAAAACAUUGGAGGAAGGCUGAAGCUACGUUAUGAAGGACUUGAAAGUUCUGACAGUUAUGAACAUUGGUUGUAUUACUUGGAUCCAUUUCUUCAUCACGUUGGUUGGGCUGCUCAACAGGGAUAUGAGCUUCAGCCCCCUUCAGCUAUCAGACAUCUAAAAAAUGAAGCUGAGUGGCAAGAGAUUUUGGCCAAAGUGAAAGAGGAAGAGGAAGAGCCAUUACCAUCUUACUUAUUUAAGGACAAACAAGUUAUUGGCAUUCAUACAUUCUCUGUAAACAUGAAAUUGGAAGCUGUAGACCCCUGGUCUCCUUUUGGGAUCUCUCCUGCUACAGUUGUUAAGGUUUUUGAUGAGAAGUACUUUCUGGUGGAAAUGGAUGACUUGCGUCCUGAGAACCACGCACGGCGAUCCUUUGUGUGCCACGCCGACAGUCCUGGCAUCUUCCCUGUGCAGUGGAGUCUGAAGAAUGGCCUACACAUCAGCCCCCCUCCAGGCUACCCAAGCCAGGACUUUGACUGGGCUGACUACCUCAAACAGUGUGGUGCUGAAGCUGCUCCCCAGAGGUGCUUCCCUCCGUUAAUUUCUGAACAUGAAUUUAAGGAGAACAUGAAGCUCGAGGCGGUGAACCCCAUUCUCCCUGAAGAAGUGUGUGUUGCUACCAUCACUGCAGUGAGAGGCUCCUACCUGUGGCUCCAGCUGGAGGGUUCUAAGAAGCCUAUACCUGAAUGUAUUGUGAGUGUGGAAUCCAUGGAUAUAUUUCCUUUGGGCUGGUGUGAAACCAACGGCCACCCCCUCAGCACUCCUCGCCGAGCACGAGUACAUAAACAGAGGAAAAUUGCAGUGGUUCAGCCAGAAAAACAAGUACCAUCCUCGAGGACUGUCCACGAGGGCCUGAGGAAUCAGGAGCUGAACGCCACAGAGUCAGUUAUGAUUAAUGGAAAAUAUUGCUGUCCAAAGAUAUACUUCAACCACCGUUGCUUCUCAGGGCCAUAUCUUAACAAAGGAAGAAUUGCUGAGCUGCCUCAAUGUGUAGGACCUGGGAACUGUGUUCUGGUCCUUAGAGAGGUCCUCACUUUACUUAUCAAUGCAGCCUACAAACCCAGCCGUGUCCUUCGGGAGCUCCAGCUGGACAAAGACUCUGUGUGGCACGGAUGUGGGGAAGUCCUAAAAGCCAAAUAUAAAGGAAAGAGUUAUCGGGCUACUGUUGAGAUAGUGAAAACAGCAGAUCGGGUGACUGAAUUCUGCCGGCAAACCUGUAUCAAACUGGAAUGCUGUCCUAACCUCUUCGGUCCACGGAUGGUUCUGGAUAAGUGUUCUGAGAAUUGUUCUGUACUUACAAAGACCAAAUACACACACUAUUACGGAAAGAAGAAAAAUAAAAGAAUUGGGAGGCCACCUGGUGGGCAUAGUAACUUAGCUUGUGCCCUGAAAAAAGCCAGUAAGAGGAGAAAGAGGCGGAAAAAUGUUUUUGUUCAUAAGAAGAAACGCUCCUCUGCAUCUGUUGAUAAUACCCCAGCGGGCUCUCCCCAGGGAAGUGGGGGUGAAGAUGAGGAUGACCCAGAUGAAGGGGAUGAUGAUUCCCUAAGUGAAGGCAGUACAUCCGAGCAGCAGGAUGAGCUACAGGAAGAAUCAGAAAUGUCAGAAAAAAAGUCAUGCUCCUCUUCUCCCACCCAAAGUGAGAUAUCCACAUCGCUGCCUCCAGAUAGACAAAGGAGAAAAAGGGAGCUUCGCACCUUUUCAUUUUCUGAUGAUGAAAAUAAACCUCCUUCACCAAAGGAAAUAAGGAUCGAAGUUGCUGAAAGGCUUCACCUGGACAGUAACCCCUUGAAGUGGAGUGUGGCAGACGUUGUGCGGUUCAUCAGAUCCACUGACUGUGCUCCAUUAGCAAGAAUAUUCUUAGACCAGGAAAUUGAUGGGCAGGCCCUGUUGCUCCUUACCCUUCCCACUGUUCAAGAAUGCAUGGACUUAAAAUUGGGCCCUGCCAUCAAACUUUGCCAUCACAUAGAGAGGAUCAAGUUUGCUUUUUAUGAGCAGUUUGCCAACUGAGAAGGACAACCAAAGUGAGCUGGAUCUUUGAAGCACAAAUGCAGCAAAUCCUUCACCCUGCUUUAUAAGUGGAGCUGGAAUAGUCCUGGGGCUCUGGGGCCUGCAGGUAUCAGCUUGCUCUCUUUGCACUUUCGGGGAAGGAGGACUCACAGUGAGGAAGCAAAAACUGUGCACAGAAGUGGAUCACCUGCUUGUGGAAAUGUGGACAUCUCUUGUUCAGCAGAUGGCAGUUUUUAAAAAAUAAAGGUUGUGAGGAAAAGACUUAUAUAAGAAGAAAAGCAUUUCCAGUGGUGUGGCCUGAAAACAAAGAAUAACCUAGGCUGCUGGAAAGCACCCUUUUGGUUGUUUUCAUUCUGUUCCCUCGCAUUGUAGAUUGAACUUUGUUCUCUGCUUUCUUUUUCUUGGAAAGAGAGGACCUAGCUUUAAGUCAGCACUGAUUUGGGACUGUUCCUAAGGCAUAUCAGUGCUUCAUUGUCAUUGUGUUUUUAAGCUUUUUAAAAUUAAAACAGUUCAUUUUGGGGAUGAUUAUGUGGCUCUAGGGUUUUGAAUGUAUAGUCACACUUUGAUCAUUUUAAAAUCGAUUCUUAGGAGUUCCUUUGUUUACUACCUCUGUUGAUAAUUGAGCUUACAGCCAUGUAUGAGGUUUUUUGUAUGAUGCCAUUUUUAAGCUACAUGAACACUAAAAUUAUGACAGAAUUUGGAGGGGGGGAAACUGUUUGCUUUCUUAAAAACAUUAUAUGGGGCACUUACACCAGUUCCUUAACUGACCUGAUCUGAGAACUCUACUGUUACUGUUCUCCCUCUUGACCCAGCCCGGGCUGCCUGUGUUAAGUAACAUCACCAAGACUGUUAGUAUUUAUGUUUAAUUGCCCUCUUCCUAUUCAUUCUCAGAGGGACUUCAGUGACUUAUUUUGUGUUUACUUUUCUCUAGAGUUGUUUGUCUACCUCUGUUUCAUUUCUAAGGUCUUUACUUUGGGUGAAAAUCAGUAGGUGUUCCAUGGACCCACAGCGAAGCCCAUUUGUCCUUCUUUCCAGGUGUCUCCAGUGUAGAAGCACAGCACAGAAAACAUGUUUUGGAGGGUAACGCAGAGCAUGGAGUUUCUGUUAGCAGUGUCCUCACUGGCAGGAUAAAUACUGAGAUGUGGUUAAGGAUUCUGAAAACCUCUUUGCCUAGCCACACUUAGACUUUUUUCAGCUAAUCCUUUAAAUUGAAUAUAAUCUUUAGUCCGAGGAUUCCCAUUUAAACAACUCAGUAUUCUUUUAAGUGUGUCUUUUAGCCCAGCUCAAGUUAACAUGAAACUCCAGGUGAAUUUCCACUUACUAUUCCAUUGCUAGCUAUUAUAGAAUAAUAGCGUUUGCUACACUAUUCUAGUCAUGAGGAGUGAGGAAAAACAUACAUAGGUUGUCUCCCUUAAAUGGUUUGCUUUGCUGAAUGUUUUUUUAUCCUAAUCACCUGCAAAUUUAUAACCCAAUCAUUCUUCCUCAAGAUUUGAAAAUGUUUUAAUCCUGCAAACUGGGUGAAUUCUAAACAGCUCUACAAAUAUAAGGAAAUAUUACAGCAAAUUUUAA